CCGUCAGCUGACUGACAGCGAGCUUCCUCCUUUUGAUGGUGCUAGUUUUUUCUCCGUCAAGACGGAUGAAGAGCACACUAUUUUAGGAAAUUGAGACACACUGAUAACACUUAUUACGUUAAAGUAAAGAUAACGUUGGUGUACAACAUAUAGGCUGGUAGUAACACCGUAUAGAUGCUUCUGGAGUGUAUGAUGAACGGACACGCCAUCCUUUACACCGGGGUCACUUUGGCCUUCUGGAGUACAAUUCUCAUCGUCGGUAUCUGUUAUACAAUUUUUGACCUUGGAUUCCGCUUUGAUGUGGCAUGGUUUCUCACAGAGACCUCCCCCUUCAUGUGGGCUAACCUGGGGAUCGGUCUGGCCAUCUCCCUCUCCGUUGUAGGAGCUGCAUGGGGAAUUUACAUCACCGGUUCCAGUAUCAUUGGGGGUGGAGUUAAAGCACCACGAAUCAAAACCAAGAAUCUGGUUAGCAUCAUUUUCUGUGAGGCUGUAGCCAUCUACGGGAUCAUCAUGGCUAUCGUCAUCAGUAACAUGGCCGAGAACUUUAGCGGAACUACACCAGAGACUAUCGGGGCGAGGAACUACCAAGCCGGUUACUCCAUGUUCGGUGCUGGUCUUACCGUGGGCUUCUCCAACCUGUUCUGUGGCAUCUGUGUCGGCAUCGUGGGCAGUGGUGCGGCCCUGGCGGAUGCUCAGAACGCCAGCCUCUUUGUGAAGAUCCUCAUUGUCGAAAUCUUUGGCAGCGCAAUUGGGCUGUUUGGAGUGAUUGUAGCCAUCUUACAGACAUCAAAAGUAAAAAUGGGCGACUAGAAGACGUCUACACAAUGAUUAAAGACAAGACAGCUGGGCGGACAGAUGGAUAAUCAAGUGGUCUUGACCCACAGAAAACUGUGGCUGAAUCUUACAGUAUUUCACUCAGUUCAAGUGAUAAUAGAUUGUGUCAACAGCCAUCUCAGGUCGGGAACCCUGUAAAUGAUCCAUUCAUGGAGUGAAAAAUUAGCCUACAACUUAUUUGUUUUCAAGACCUUUUCUUUCCAUUUCCUUAUGUUUUUUAUUUUCUUAUGUUUCACUGUAUGUAGUCAUUAUUACUUGGAGCUUGAAUUAUUUGAGUUCCUCUUUGAGCUUGACUACUGUGAAUGGUCUGACAAUGGUACGCAUGUUCAGGAAGGUGUUACCUUGUUUAAAGUGACGCCUAUGCUGUUCUUCACUUACACCUACUGUUUGUAGCUGAAAUUGGGGUAUUGCAUAGGAGACAGGGUCUGGUGCUUGAUUUGGGACAGGCCAAUACCAUAACCUGAACCAACACAGAGAAAUAAAUCCCAGACCAGUUGGCCUUUUUCAUAGUCAAGUCAAAUUUGUUUUGUAUUUUGAUUAUUUGGUUGCUGUCAUUAGAUUAGACCAAUUCUAAUCUAUACACAUUGUUCCAAAUGAGUCUAUAUACAACAAUGUGAUGUGAAUUUCCUAUGGAUCCCUACAGGAGUCUGCAAAUGGAAAGAGGGUUAGAGGCACCACCCUUCCUCUCCUUCUGAGGGAGUGCCCUCCAGUAUUCUGACAUACGACAGUCUGGUUCAUCACCAGGCAGUCAAAAUGAGGGCUCCCCUUUUCUCCGUCCCUGUUGUUGCUGUUAAGUUGAUCUUUAAAUGUGUGCUCUGUUUAUUUUGAAUGUAGAAAUCUCACAGCCCUCUUUCCGCAUGCAGACAAGGCUCCUGUUGACAUGUCAAGCAGAAUCAUUUGGAGUAGUUGUGGAAGUUGUGGUGAGUGUCAUGAUCUUACAUGUGUGUGUCUGCUGUGUUCACACGUUUACUUUUGAGCAUUCCUAAAUGGACCUAGACGUUUAUACCGAGGUAACCAAUCAGGCUUGAGAGAGCCCCAGGCUAUGGCUGUGUUUGAAUACUGGACAAAUAGAUGCAUCCAUCAUCAGUUCUUGAGGCACUGUAGCUGAUGUCAUAAGGCUGAAUGGUUGGAGGACUGUGCUACUUAGCAUAGACACAUCUGUUCAUGUCAGAUCUGUGAUUUCACGAAGCAAGGUUGUUUUUUUCCAGCCAUUCAUACUGUUGGCCAAUGUUAAGAAAUCUUAUAUGGUUUGAGACUCUCUACAAACUUGACUGGGCCUCUGUUGUAGUGGUGCGUCAUUCCUCAUGUAAUGGAAGUUCUAGAAGACCACAUAUGGCUUCAAUGGCUGUUUGAUAUGUUGAUGUGGUGAUCCCAUUGUUUUGACACGUGUAAAAUAAGUGACUCCAUUAAUGUGUAAGAAAUAAAUAACAUAUUCCAAUGACA